CAUGUUAUGUGUUUACUAAAGCCAGAAAUCUGCCAUCAAUGAGACACGAUGUCCCCAUAACGAAAGUGCACGCAGAGGUGAGCAGAACAUGUUUUGGGGGCCAAACAGGUUACUCUUUCAAGACGUGCAUUCGGUCUGGAAAGGUGGCAGGAUUUUUUUUAUUGCUUGGUGACGGAGAGUAACUUAACACCAGAUUGAGGCCACUAAGCAUGGGAGGAGUCAAUGAUCUGUCAGAACUUGACAGGAACAAUCAAUGGACAGUAAGGGUGUGUAAGUCAGACUGGGAGGAGGUAAGAUAUUUGUUCUGAAGAAUCACUUCUCUUACUCAAUCUGUGAUCUGUUUAAGUAGCAAAUUACCAACAAAAUAGACUUUGUUUUCACAUCAAACACGGAUAUACAAUGAAAACAUGAAGGACUUCACUGAAGGAGCGGUUUCGUAACAUUUCAAAGCUCUGCAAGAACUACAACAAUGAUUUCUUCAUGGAGCGUUCUGAUUCACGUCGACUAUUAGACAUUCAGGGGUUAAACAUCUUCAGCGCAUUAAGAACGACCUCAACUAUUUUAAUCAUUUGACAACCUCCUCCUUCGAGCAAGACAGAAAUGCCAGAUCAGCAUGAUUUAUAAUGCAGUAAUAUAGCUUUUCUAGAGGGAUCUUCAAACAUGUCAAACUCUCAAGAGCAAAGUCUCAAUGAGAAUUGCAUCUUCUCUCCAUUGACGCCGUCUAGUCCAGAUUACCUGCAUUGCGAGGCUGAAAGGUAUUGUCUGGAAAGUCUCCUCAGCUCAGGAACUGAAGCUUUUUACAGCAGGCUCAACACUGAAAAAAUCACACCGUUCCUCACACCGGGAGAAGUGAAUGAGAUCUCUGGCUGGACUGAGAACUUUCACAAUGGUGAUGAGGCACCGGAGGAUGAAAAUGGAGAGGUGGAGGUCGGCUCUGAUGUGGAUGAUCUUUCCGGAAACUAUUUUCCUGAACAGUCGGAUACUUCGGCACCAUGCUUAGAGCUGGGAUGGCCGGAAAAAAAUAGCUGGAUGGAUAUGGGACGAGUUAAUGUUUACACCAACCCUCCUGCAGAAGGUGGGCCGUCCAUACGAGAGGUUCUUAGGAGCCACCUGCAGGCAGCCAAUAAGCUGAUCGCCGUGGUAACUGAGAGAUUGUCAGACCAUGCGGUGAUCGUCGAUCUCCAGUAUGCCGCAUCACGAGGGGUUCCUGUCUACAUCAUCCUCAACCAAAGAUCUGUGGAGGAAAACUGCUUUUCACACCAGCUUCAACAUCCAAACAUCAGGGUGCGUGUCCUCGGAGGGAAAAGAUUCCUGACGCGUGACACAAAGAUGGUGGUUGGAGAGAUGAAGGACAACUUUGUGCUGGUGGAUUUAGAGACGGUGAUGUUAGGGAGUUACAGUCUGACCUGGACUGAUGCUCACCUGCACCGUCAGAUCGUCACCGUUAUGAGCGGCCCAAUCGUUGAAUCUUUUGACCAUGAGUUUCGGAUCCUCUAUGCUGCCUCUCUCCCGAUCCCAGAAACAUGCAUAACUGAAAAAACACCACCAGAACCCCUAAGCCACUCUAAGCUAGAACCACCAAUCCAGGGAAGCGCCAAAGUUGAACUUGGUGAGUUGGUCCCGAAUCCUCCACCUCCACCUCUAGACUGCUAUCUGGACUGGGAGGCUAUGGGAGUUAUCCAGAGAUUCCCAGAAAAUCCUGAUUAUCCUGAUGUUGGUGAUCAGAUGCAGUUCUAUCAUCAACCUCCGAUGGAAAGACAUCCGGGAAUGUGGGAGCUUCCCUUUAGUAAUGAGUUUAAUCACAAUCCUCAUCCUGGAUACCACGAGGAGGGCAAAUUAGGUUCAAUGUUUCUGUCUGACUUCAGGCAUCCAGAAUUUCAAAGGUCAAGACGAAUGUUUACCCCCGGAGAUUUCCAGAUGUCUCAUGGCCUUGAGCCAGUAAAUAGGCAAAUACAAAUACCCGAGAGAAUCCCAUACAACCGGCCAUCUCCUCCGGUGAACAUCGAAAGUGAAGAUAGAUUUCCUGUAUACACAUCUCGGAUUAAUAGAUCAGACAUGAACUCAGAGGAAGAGAUCGGACCUCCGAUCGGACGAGAGUCUUUCCUUAGGAGGGACAGAGUUUUGGGAGAUACUAUGAAUCAUGAUGGAAACCAACAAGCUAACCUAAAGAAGCCCGCUUCAUCCGAGCUGUCACGGAGCAAGACUUUUGGCACAUUGAGUGACAUUUUUAAAAAAAUGAAUGCACGCAACACCUCCGGACAGAGGAAGACUGAAGUCCACCCACCCGGCAUCAGCAAAUCCACAAUGGAUCUCCAGCGCACAGACACUCCAGCAAAUGUUCGAGCACCUAACGGUGAUAAGCUUCCCAUGACGCCAGCGUUGGCACUCAUGAAGAAACGUAAUGAUGAGGUUAAAACAGGAUUGUUAAGAAGUAUGCCCAACGUCUUCACGCCCACAUUCAGAGGUUCCGCCCUCGGCCUACAGAGAGACACAUGGAGGUCAAGUUAUAGAAGCCACAGAAAUGAGGAGGAGCACUGAUGUUACCCCACACAAUGACAUCACCAGUGUUACAAUCAUUCCCACCUAUUUAAAUACAUGUAAAUGUGACUGUAAUAAUCUGUGCUGCUGGUAAAAGGGGGGUUUACUGCUCAAAGAGAAUACAUGUUUAUCAGCAAUGAUGUUACAAUACAAGAUAGGUAAAUGUAUAGAAGUGUAAUAAUUCAGUUUUUCUUACUUAUAUGAAAAUAUGUGCCAUGUGAACCAAUAUUUAAUGAAUGAAAUAAGAAAACACAUUUAAAAGCCAAUGGUUUAUGUUUGUGUGAUUAUAUUGUAAAGUGUCCCAUAUGACAAAGGAAUAGUAGAAGGACUGAAAGAGAGGGUUUGGUGACGUCAUCAGAGCAAGUUGUUAUGUUUUGCAAUACGGUUACAAAGAAAAGCAUUUUUAACUUUAAGAAACAGCACUGUUUAGGCACACACUUGCCUUAUAUUCCCCUUAAAAUUAUAAACUGAAAUUAAAAGCAGAUUUGCAGGGGGACCUCCACUUUUUUGAAAAAUUAAAACACGACAUUGAGUGCAAAUAGAGUGACACAGGGAUGACGUAUUUUGCAGGCAAAAUCUGGAAGCGAGUAGUUACGUCAGCACUUCCGGUUCAUCGUCAUGAAUUUUAUGGAUUUUAGUUAAACUCCUUAAAUAAGAUCUUUGGUUAACAUAGGCUGAAAACAUUUUCACGUUUUAUUUUACGAUAUAAAACCCAGUUGUACCAUCACUCGUGUCUAUUUCACGUGUCUUUAAAAGAGCGGUUUUUGUCGGGCACUUGUUCAUCACGCAUGAAAAUUUCAAAAACAAU